UGUGGAAUUAGGUGUAUUUCUAUACCACUACAUGCUGUUACUAUCAAAAGAUUUUUCAAAGACAAAUGGCACUGUAUGAGAACUCUUUAGAUGCGAUGAUCGUAUGAUCCACAAGGUGGCGGUAUUGUAAUAACAUGGAAGCCGACAGUCAUAAAACUGUCCCCAAAGAAGAAGAAGAGGAAAAGAACGAAGAAGAUUAAAAAAAAGAGUACGGCACGCACUGUUUAGUUGAAUGUUCGAGUGUUUCUCUAAAAAUAUCUUCAGUCCAGUUUAAACGAGUUUAUCAACGAGCGGUUAACUGUUACAGAAACAUUCAGAGUUUAAAGAAAUAACCGUCAAGUCGGAGGAAGAGAUGGACGAUCAGCGCAAACUGCUGGAUUUCUCCCGGACUCCCCAGAUAAUCUUACAUCGAAUAGAUUACCUGCUACAUAACGUUAAGGAGGAGCCAUGGAACCAGGAGAGGAGAUCCACUCUGGACCAGGACGAGUUAGAACCUCUGCAGGUGAAACAACAACAGAAAGAACCAGAAGAUCAUCAGAUGAAAGAAGAGCAGGAGGAUCUAAAACACCAGCAGAUGAAAGUAGAAGAGAAAGAAGUUCACUGCAGUCAGGGUGAAGAACAGAUUGAGUUAAAACAGGAGACUGAUACCUGCAUGGUGGUUCCUGUUGAUGAACAAACAUCCCACCCUGAAUCAGAAACAAACAGGAACCAAGUCAUCUUCCAGGAAGCUGCUGAAGCUGAGAACCAAAAUCAGGAAAGAAGAAAACCUUUCUGUGUGACCUGUGGAAAAUGUUUCUCUUUUAAAGCUGCUGUUGUUGCUCACAUGAGAACUCAUACGGGUGAAAAGCCGUUUUCAUGUCUGACUUGUGGAAAGCGUUUCACUGUUAAAUCUUCUCUCAAUGCUCACAUGAGAAUUCAUAUGGGUGAAAAACCUUUUUCAUGUGUGACCUGUGGAAAAAGUUUUAGUCGAAAACAUUAUUUAGCUGAGCACGCGUCGAUUCAUAGUGGAGAAAAACCUUUUUUAUGUGUGAACUGUGGAAAACGUUUUUGUCGAAAACAAUAUUUAACUGAGCACAUAAAGAUUCACACUGGCGAAAAGCCGUUUUCAUGUCUGACCUGUGGAAAAAGUUUUAGUCAUAAAUAUUACUUAACUAAGCACAUGAGGAGUCACACCGGUGAAAAGCCGUUUUCUUGUGUGACCUGUGGAAAAGGUUUUAGUCAAAAACAGGAUGUAACUCGGCACAUGAUGAUUCAUACAGGUCAAAAGCCGUUUUUAUGUGGGACCUGUGGAAAAAGUUUUAGUCAAAAACAAGAUUUAACUCGGCACAUGACGAUUCAUACAGGUCAAAAGCCGUUUUCAUGUGGGACCUGUGGAAAAAGUUUUAGUCGAAAAGAUUAUUCAACUGAGCACAUGUUGAUUCAUACCCGUGAAAAGCCUUUUUCUGUGGAAACUGUUUUUUCUUAAAACAUCAGGUAGCUGAACAUUUUGAGGAGUCGCACGUAGAAGUAUUCUCCAUGUAUGGUUCGCUUAAGAACUGGAAAUCCAUGGAGCCGUUGAACCAGAAUCAUGGAUCUGUGAGCUGUUGUCAUUCUGCCUCCCUGAAUAACUACUCCAUUUAGUACAGAACAUGAACAGAGUCUGACCGGACCUGGACUCCCUACCAGAACAUUCUCACAAGAUUGGACUUGAGUUAUUGAUUUGUUUUAUUCUGUACAAUAGAGAAAGUUUGUGGGGUUUACUUUUGGAGUUUUUAAAAUCAAAAAUAGAAUGUUGAGUGUACAUUUGUACUUUAAAAGAAAUUCAAGGUUCACCACAAACUGAUUUUCAUGCAAUGAUUGUACAAAGGGUGUGUGAUUGUUUUCAAUUAUUAGCUUUUUCUCUACUUUUAGCUGUAAUAUUUAGCUCUUUUCUACUGCAGCUGACUUCUGUUAUAUCACUGUCUUUAUGCUGAAACUAUGUUCUUGUGCAUUUAUAUUGGUACAAUUUUGGUAACACUUUAUUUGAAAGGGUGUGCAUAAGACUGACAUGAGACUGUGAUAAACAUGACAUCUGUCAUGAAUAUGAAGCAGUCUUUAUGAAUGUCUUUUAAUGCAAAGUUCGUACUUUUAAUGGAAUUUCAAUGCAACUUUUAGAGCAAC